AUGGGGAACGCCAAUUCCGCGCAACCGCCGAAGGUACAGAAAGACCGGAAGGAGGGUCACUGCAAAAACUUUUCGACGAGAUCAACACAGAGCGCAGCGCAAAAGCGUACUUUGCAGUUUCGCCCUUCACGUAGCGCAGAUACCGGAAAAGGCAGACAACCCGCGAACGAAAGCGGAAAAGCAGCCGGCCAAAGUUCGCAGAAUAGGCAUAACGUCCGGGCUCGAGCGACGAAUCCCUUCAUCAUUUUCUUCCUGCGACUUCGCAGCAAGAAGCCGAACGAGCAUGUCACCGUGAUAGCGCGAGCCGCGGGCAAAUUGUGGUCCCGCAUGACUCCCGAGCAGAGAAAGAAAUACGUGGAUCUCGCCAACGAGGAAAAGAAACGGCGCCAGGAAAGGAAACGGAAGAGAAAACGUUCGUCCACGCACUCGAGGAUGAAGUAACAAAGCUUGUAGAGGAUCGAGUUCGCGCAGGAUGAUUCUGCACACUACGCGUACGUCGUACAUGGCACCUGGAAACGAACAAAGACACGAUCACGUAUUUUUGAUUUCUUUUUUAUUUGUUAGUAGUCUUUUUUAGAUCUAUGUACAAUAAAUAUUGAUGUAUUUUUAUACAUUAUUAAUUAUCUUAUUCAAUUACUCUAAGCUAGGCAAUUCGCCGUUUUUCUUUCGUUUUCUUUUCGUUCUCUCGUCUGAAAAAAUUAAACUCGUAACGUUUCGUACCAUAAAUAUAUUAUUAUUUUUUUGUCGUCACGACCGUUCCGCGAAGCGUCGCCCACAACGAGGGAGGGAAAUUACGCGGUUUCGGGACAAUGUGUUCAGGGUAACGCGCUCAUGUUACCGAUGUUCCUCUUUCCUUCAC